CGAAUGUUUAAUGAAUUUCGUGAAAUCGAAAAUCGAAUUCAAAUUCAAAUUCAAAAGUCAUUCAAUUGAUUGAUCAGUUUCUCUGAAGACGUAUUCAAACGGUUUUCUUAAACUAUAAAAACCAUUCAUUCUUUUGAGUUAUUUUUAUUCAUUAUUCAUCCAAUACUUCUGACCGUCAAAACUAAGUCAUCCAUUACUUCAUAAAUUGUCUGAUCAUUAGUUCUUUACUUAUCGUUUAUUCAUAUCGUCAUCGAUGGCUCCGAGACCUCACAGUUUGCUUGAAGUGAGUGCUGGACUGACGGGCGGCAAACCAACACCGAAGACAGCGCUCAUGCGAUCGGGUUUGGAACUGAAGAACGAACGCUUCCUUUCGUGUUCACAGUUUGUCCCGCGACCGGGAUUUGGCCAAAAAGGUCGCCGAAUUGUUCUCAAUUCCAACCAUUUUGCCGUUGACUUCAACCACAAGAAAGUUAUUUACCGAUAUCUGGUAACCAUUGAGCGACUGCCGCAAGCCUUCAAACUCAGCGCUUCGGGAGAUGAAAGACGAAGAUUUCGCAAACUCUCAGAGAGUAUGUGCCAUAAGAUUGUUAAGAAAGCCAUCGAUGAGAACCAGUCGUAUGCAAAGCUCUUCUACAACACAACUCCCGUUUACGACGGCUCACAAUCGAUGUUCACUUGUGGACCACUGAUCGGAGUCGCAUCCGAUGGCAAACCGACCCGUAUUUUGGUCGAAGUAACCGACGAACAGGCAAUUGACGGCCAGUUUGCUGUUAUAAUCAAAUUUACGGGAAAUACUAUAAGUCUUAACGCAUUGAAGCUCUACUUCGAUAAGAAGACAAAUACGAUUCCCUUCGAACACAUCCAAAUUCUUAACAUUGUUCUCAGACAAGGACUCGUUGGAUCCAAAGUGACAAUCGGUCAGUCACUGUUCAAUCCGGCCGCUUAUGAUAAGAGAAUCCCGAUCGGCGGUGGCAAACAAUUGGCAUAUGGUAUCUACCAAUCGCUGAGACCAUGCAUUUCUGGAGCACAACUGGUGGUCGACCGGACGUGUACUGCCUUCUGGAUGAGUGGUUCGGUCGAGGACUUCAUCCGCAGUAUGUUUCCGUUCAAAGAAAGCGAAACAUUGAUGCGAUACAAAUGGAAUGACUUCGAGAGGAAGCGAAUUGAACGCGAACUCAAAGGUCUGUUCAUCGAAGUAACUCAUCUUCGCUUUCACAAGAAGUACAAAAUUCACGCCAUAUCUCGCGAGUCGGCUCAAGACAUCUAUUUUGAUUUCAUAAAAAGAGGCCGAAGAGGCGAAAAGCUGUUCGAGGGAAACGUAUCGGUCGCCCAAUACUAUAAACAGGAAUACCAAGAACUGAAGACACCAUAUCUGCCCUGUAUUGUUGUCCGAUCGGGUCCACGACCAACAUAUUUUCCGCUAGAAGUAUGCAAACUGGUGACAGAUCAACACGUGAAGAAAGCACUUCCAUCAUUACAAAAGGCAGAGAUGAUCCGUAUCUGUGCCUCAACGCAACCUAAAGAGCGCUUUGAAAUCAUCGAAAAAGCCGCUAAAGACGUCGCACUCAACCCGAAGUGCUUACGAUAUCUGAACGAGUUUUCCGUUAAAGUCAGUACUCGACCCAUUGGAUUGUCUGCUCGAGUUCUGGAUGCACCAGUUCUGCUCGAGAAGAAUGGUAAACAAUGUCAACCGAGAGAUGGUAAGUGGCGUAUCGGACAGUUCUUUAAGUGUGUCGACGUUAAGAAAUGGAUUGUUGUUAAUCUGGCGAAUCUCGACGACUAUCAAAUAUCCAAUUUCAUUGACACCAUCAAGAAAUACGGCCAACAAAUGGGUAUGAAUGUCGAUGAACCGUUGUGUAGAGUGAAGAUGACAUAUCAGAGAGGAAUGCUAAGGGAUAAACUCUUUGACAGAGCACAGGAAAAGUAUGGAUCUGUGGAACUGUUUGUAUUCUUGGGUAUUGAUUCCGAUGAAUGCUAUUACGAGAUCAAGAAGUGCGGUGACAUCGAUAUCGGUCUCUCCACACAAUGCAUACGAAAGCAGAAUGUGUUGCGAAUGAAUCAAUCGUUGGCCACAAAUAUUUUGCUUAAAAUCAAUACAAAACUUGGCGGCGAAAAUAUGUGUGUCGCCCGAUUGCCACCACUUUUGGCACUAAAAAAGACAUUAGUGAUCGGUGCCGACGUAGCCCAUCCGUCCCCAUCGGACAAGUUAUGCGCUUCGGUUGCCGCAGUUGUCGGAAAUAUUGACGCAAAUUGUGUCAAACAUUACGCCACUGUUAACGUCCAACAUCGAUAUCGCGAAGAGAUCAUCAAUGAAUUGGAUCUAUUGGUCAAUGAGUUACUCCGUGAAUACGAGCGUCAAAACGGAGAGCUGCCCGAAGAAAUUAUCUUCUAUCGCGACGGUGUCAGCGAAGGACAGUUCAUGUAUGUCAUGGACUUUGAAAUUAGAAAAAUAAAGCGCGCGUUUCAGGCACUCAAAGUCGGCUAUAAUCCGAAAUUGACAUUCAUUGUCGUCCAGAAGAGACAUCACACGAGAUUCAUUCCGGACGACGAAAAGGAUGGCGUCGGUCGCGGCAAAAACAUACCGCCGGGAACUAUAGUGGACAACGUUGUGGUUCAUCCAACCGACUUUGACUUCUUCUUGUGUUCGCACGAAGGAAUUCAGGGCACUUCUCGUCCGUCACAUUAUUAUGUUCUUUACGAUGAGAACAGGUUCGGCGCAGAUGAACUCCAUGAGCUAACCUACUAUUUGUGUCAUACUUAUGCCCGAUGCACCCGAUCCGUGUCGAUACCAUCUCCCGUUUAUUACGCACAUCUGGCCGCUCAUAGAGCGCGCGGACACAUCAAUGGUUCGUCGGGUGAUUCGGAUUCGGGAUCUUCUGGCGGCAGUCCUAACGUUCGUCUAUCGAAACGAAUUGUUCCCAACUUCGAGAAUCUAAGCCAAAAGAUUAACGUCAGACUCGACCGCAAGAGUUCGAUGUAUUUCUGCUGAAGAAGAAGAAGAAGAAGAAGAUGUCCAUAAACUCUUUGCAAAUCUUUUAUUUCGUUUUAAUUUAAUUUAUUUUUUCAACAAAAUUCUUAUCAUUUAUUUGUUAUUUUGGUUUUAUUUCAAAGAAAUACCCAUUAAUUUACUAAUUAUUAUUUACUCGUUUUGUUCACAUAAUGUG